CCCAGCUUAGGUCUUAAGCACCAAAUGGGGGUUUUCCAAUAUCGCGAUUGAAGCCGCAGAGAGAUUCAGUCUUCUUCCCAGAAACAGGCCCCGGUCAAAGGUAGCCAUUUUGGUUCGGCAGUUGGGAUGGUACGCAGGCGCAGUUAGCGCGGUGGCGUCACAGAGUCGGUGGAGCCCUGUUUUGGAGAGAGCUAGUAGGAACUGCAGAUGCUGGAGGAUCUGAGAUAACAAGUUGUAGAGCUGGAUGAACACAGCAGGCCAAGCAGCAUCAGAGGAGCAGGAAGGCUGACGUUUCGGGCCUAGACCCUUCUUCAGAAAAAUGGGAGCCCUGUGUUGCCCGGUUCCCGAUCUCCCUCUUCCCCCUCCCCCACGUUCCCAAUGUCUCCAUGUGGGGCUGAACAGUUUUGUUUGAUUAUUCCCGAUGGGAGGGUUUACUGCGGUAAAAGUGCAACAUGAAGAACAUUCAACAAUUUGAGAACAGGAUAGAAAACAAGAGACAGAGCAGCCAGUCCAGAAGCUUCCAAAUCACUUUGUACCUCCUUGACCUUCUAGAACUGCUGCAAUCCGUGUGGUGAAGCUACUUUCAGAUUGCUGUUUGGUGAGGAGUGACAGGAUUUUCAUCCAGUGGUGGAUAUUAGAAGGGGAAGAUUGUCAGUGAGGAGAUUCGAAACCAAACGUCACUUCAGGAUCUGACAGUUGCCCAAUUUAUUGUAGCCUGAAUAUCAUUGGAUUUUGGACAUGGAAGGAAAAAGCUCCAUUCACAGUGGGGAGAAACCGUACACGUGUUGUACGUGUGGACAAGGCUUCAGCAGAUCAUCUGCCCUGUCACAGCAUAAAUACAGUCACACAGGGGAGAGGCCAUUCGUCUGUUCUGAAUGUGGGAAAGCAUUCAGUCGAUCGUCCACCUUGUUGAAACACCAGCAAGUUCACACAGAGGACAGACCUUUUAAAUGCCCUGAAUGUGGAAAGUGCUAUAAACGUUCUGGGGCACUGAAGUUGCAUCAACGUGUUCACACUGACGAGAGACCCUUCAGUUGCUCUCACUGUGGGGCUGGGUUCAAGCAAUCAUGUGACCUCAUUAAUCACCAGCGGAUUCACACUGGGGAGAGACCAUUUACUUGCUCAGAAUGUGGGAAGACAUUUGCUCGGAAAUCAAUCCUGCUGAGCCACCAGCGAAUUCACACAGAGGAGAGACCUUAUAAAUGCCCAGAUUGUGGGAAGUGCUAUAAAAGAUCUGGGGACCUGAUGUUGCAUCAACGUGUUCACACUGAUGAGAGACCAUUCAGGUGCUCCCACUGUGGGACUGGAUUCAGGCGAUCAUUCCAACUCACUGUACAUCAGCGAUCUCACACUGCGGAGAGGCCACUCACCUGCACUGAGUGUGGGAAGGGAUUCGCUAUGAUAUCCAGCCUGCUGAAACACCAGCAAGUUCACACAGAGGAGAGACCUUUUAAAUGCCCAGACUGUGGGAAGUGCUUUAAAAGAUCUGGGAACCUGGUGUCCCAUCAACGUGUUCACACCGAUGAGAGACCGUUCAGAUGCUCUCACUGUGGGACUGGGUUCAAGUGGUCAACGCAACUCAGCGUACACCAACGAACUCACACUGGGGAGAGGCCAUUCACUUGCACUGAGUGUGGGAAGGGAUUCACAAUGAAAUCCAAACUGCUGCAUCAUCAGCAAUCUCACACGGGAGAGAUCAUUCAUGUGCACUUGGGAAGGGAUUUGCUGUAAAAUCCAAACUGCUGCAUCACCAGUGAGUUUGUGAGCAAAGACAGUGACUGUUUUUUUACUGUGAAUAUAUCCCUGCUUUGUAGUGUCCCUCCCCCUCUGCUGGAAGAUCUGGGUGACAAUGAUGUUGCCCAUCUCUGAAAGACAACAGUAUGUAGAUAAGAUACAGCAGAGAGACACUUAGAGCUCUAUAAAACUCAAUUAAUUUAUUAAGUACUUCAACGAAUAACACACGCUUUUAACUACUAGGGAUAUCUCAAUCACCAUCUUUCACCAUUCUUGGUUCUGGAACUAACCGAAAACUUACUACCCAGGACAGUUGGCAGCUGGCCAGGUUGGAAAUCUUCUUGAUGCCUUCACGAUGCCUUCUGAUGUAGAAUACCUCCUGCAAAGUUAUUCUUCGAAGUUCUGCUGAAAAUCAAUGAUUUUCCUGGGCUGAUUUAUACACAAGUCUCUGUGUCAAGUGUAUGCCUUAUUUGGAAUUAUCCGCACACGUGACCAAUCCCGAAUGUUUUGUCCCUAUUUGGCAGAGACAGCAGUUACUGAUUUUGUGCAAUCUUAGCUCUUCGCAGAGCUGAAUGACUCAGCAUAAUUCUACUCACAUAACAGCCCAUUGUAAAGUCUCUUAUCAGUUCCUGUUAUCUUCAGCCUUAUCCAACAUCUCCCCGCUUUUGAUCCAAAAAUUUAUGAGGAUAAUCUGUACUAUGUUUGCUGCAUUCUCCAGGGCACCUCCGGACAGUACCUUACAGCAAUGUAUUCUCGGCAAAGCAUUACUUCAUUUGAGUUAUUUGAAGUGCUGUUUAGAUUGUUGCACUUAUCAAAACCAUAGUCAUAAGUGUAAUCAAAGUUACAAAUUAGUUUACAAUAUCUUACUCAUUUUCCUUUUGUUCUAUGGCAAAUAUACUGUUAUAAGCUUUCCAUAUCUUGCAAGAUAUGCGUCACAUCAGUACAAAUAAAUGGAUAGUAAGAAAUUCUACAAACUAA